AUGGGUGCAGCGAUAUCAUUACCUUUGAUGCCAAUAUCGGCUUUGACCUCGUGUUGUGGGGCUGCUGCUUGUUCGGCACUUUGUUCAUCUAUUGGGGGAACAUUCAAAUCAUCAAUCAUGACAAGAAUUACAUAUGCAAUAAUAUUGUUAAUUAAUUCAUUACUAUCUUGGAUUGCAUUAUCUCCAUUUAUUAUACAUAAAAUAGAGAAGGCUACAUUUGGAUUCAUAAAUUACAGUUGUGGACCAGAUGGAAGUGAAUGUAUUAGUUUCACAUCAGUCUACCGAAUUAAUUUUGCCCUUGGUGUGUUACAUUUAAUAUUAGCUGCAUUGUUGAUAAAUGUCAAGUCUACAGCAAAUCCAAGAUCUAUGAUACAAAAUGGAUGUUGGAAGAUGAAAGUUUUUGCAUGGUUGGUAUUGAUUGUUGUUAAUUUUGUUGUUAUUCCUGACAGUUUUUUCAUAUUUUAUGGUAAUAAUAUCGCAAUUAUUUUCUCAACAAUAUUCUUAGGAAUAGGGUUGAUCUUGUUGGUUGAUUUUGCUCAUGCUUGGGCAGAAAAAUGUUUGGAAAAGAUUGAAAUGGAAGAACUAACCGGUGAAGGCGAUGCUGGAUUUUGGAAAAAGUUAUUAAUUGGUGGUACAUUGGUAAUGUAUCUUGGAAGUAUCAUCUUGACCAUUUUAAUGUAUUGGUUUUUUGCAGGCAAUGGUUGUUCUAUGAAUAAAACAGCAAUCACUUUAAAUUUGGUGUUUGCAAUCAUCAUAUCUGGAAUGUCAAUUCACAAUACCGUUCAAGAGUAUAAUCCACAAGCAGGUUUGGCACAAUCGUCGAUGGUGGUAUUUUAUUGUACUUAUUUAAUUAUGAGUGCUGUUGCAUCAGAACCAGAUGACAAGUAUUGUAAUCCAUUAAUUAGAUCUAGUGGAACCAGAACUGCCAGUGUCAUAUUAGGUGCAUUUUUCACAUUUAUUGCUGUGGCCUAUACAACAACAAGAGCUGCUGCUAACUCUGCCUUCAGUUCAGAAAGUAAUCAUGAUUUCGGUGGAGUGAACAACGGCAUAACUACUCAACAACCAUCUGCAAGAAAUGAAAUGAGAUACCAAGCAAUUAAACAAGCAGUUGACGAAGGUCUGUUACCAGAGAGUGCAUUGAACCAAUUGGAUUUAUAUGAUGAUGAAGAUGUUAACGACGAAGAAAGACAGUCAGUGCAAUACAACUACUCAUUGUUUCAUAUUAUUUUCUUUUUAGCUACACAAUAUGUUGCUACUUUAUUGACUAUUAAUGUUAAACAGGACGAUUAUGGUGAUUUUGUUCCCGUUGGAAGAACUUACUUUGCUAGUUGGGUGAAGAUUGUUAGUUCCUGGGUAUGUUUUAUAUUAUAUGGUUGGAGCUUAUUAGCGCCAGUUAUCUGGCCAGAUAGAUUUGGUGUUCAAAUUUAA